GAACAUGUGGCCCCAAAUGGCCGGCUUUCUAUGCCCGACGCGGCAAACUGGUAAUUCACUACGCCGGUGAUGUUUGGUAUGCUAUUCCAUCUGCGGCUGAAUAUGACACUCUAAGUGGGCUGUGUCGUAUCAGGCACCGACCGAACAAGGCGUGUCAUCUAUAUUCAUUGAAGUAUAUAUGGGCGACGUGUUGGAAGCUUCAGAAACUCAUCACUCAAUCAAUCAAUCAACAAAUCAACUCACACUCACCAUCCUACAAAAUCUCAAUUCUACCUUCACUACACUUCCCUAAUCCUAUACCCUCAAAACCACUCACACAUCAACACAAUGGCCGCUCCCGCUUCCAAGACCAUCCACGACCUUAACGGCUCCUGGACUGCUAACAACACCCUCUCCGAGUCCUCAGCCGAUAUCCUCAAAGUCCAGGGCGUGAACUGGCUGACCCGCAAAGUCAUUGCCAUGGCCAACGUGACUCUGAUCAUCAGCCAGAGCACGGACGAGACCGGCAACAUCCACCUCGACAUCGAGAACAAGCCCAGUGGCGGCCUCCCCGCUACCCAGGAGAAGCGUGUCCUCAACUGGGAACCCGUGGAGCUCAACCACGGCCUCUUCGGCAACAUCCGCGGUCGCUCCCGCAUCUGCAAGCUCGCCGACCUCGACGACGACUACCUCCGCCAGGGUUGGGAGGACGGAACCGAGGAGGUCAUGCACUUCAAGACUGAGCACCUCGACUCCAAGGGCGUCAUCACCCAGCAGGUCGCUGGCUUCAUUGUCAUUGGCGGCACUCGCUACCACGCUCGGCGGGUCCUCGUCACCAAGGAUGAUGGUGAGAGGCUCGAGGCUAAGCUUGUCUAUGACUACCAGGGUUAGACUUAGACAACCCGGUGUGUAUAUGUAUUGAUGAUCAUUCGACUGGUGGGGUUGGGGCUACAUCAAAG